UCUCACAAGACUAUCGGAAGUAGCAAUUUUCGGAACCCAGUUGCUAUCUACGUACGUAUAAACGUCCCUGCUGCACCACCUUUCCUUUGAUCUCUCGUUUUCUUCGCACCAGAACAUUGGCUUAAUUUACCUGAUCACAAUACCCAUCUCUUUCUCUGUCUCCCUACCUAAUAACGUUGUCAUAUAUACCAUCAAAACAACCACCAUUAAUGUCCCUUGCUUUAACAGAUCAUGCAUAGCCUUUCUCCUACUCCCCACUCUCUCGCGCCGGAUAUCUGAUCGGGGCGCCUACCCUUUUGCCAUGAGCCACCACACGCGCCGUGAGUCCCUAGCUUCACCUCACAUCGCCUCCAGGCCUGUCUACCACGAGGCCGUACCCGAGGAGGACUUAGCCUGGUCAUUGGGCAAGCUUGCCGGGAUUGAUCGCCAUGACAUCCGAGAAACUGCGUACGAAGUAUUCUUCACGGCAUGUCGGUCGUCCCCGGGGUUCGGUGGUCGUAAUCCACUCACAUUCUACUCGUCGAAUAACCAAGAGAACAACGGGGACGGGUUGGGGAUCAAUGGGCCGAAACAGUAUGGGGUGGUGAUGAGCCCGACCAGCCGGGUGAAGCGUGCGUUGGGGUUGAAGACGCUGAAGCGCUCACCGUCGAAGAGGAUGGCGUCGGGCCUGGGGGGUAGUGGGAGUUUUGGCGGGUCGAAUCCUUCGUCCCCAAUCGCUCACGGUAGCCAGCUUGCCUUGUCGUUCACGGUGCCACAGCCGAUGAGACCAAGGCGGCCGAUGACGUCGGCGGAGAUCAUGAGGCAACAGAUGCGGGUGACGGAGCAAAGCGAUAUCCGACUUCGAAAGACACUGCUGAGGACCCUCAUCGGCCAAGUGGGUAGGCGAGCGGAAACAAUAAUCCUCCCUUUAGAGCUCCUCCGCCACCUAAAGCCAGCGGAAUUCAACGAUUCCCGUGAGUACCAUCUUUGGCAAAAGCGGCAGCUCAAAAUCCUUGAGGCAGGGCUUCUCCUCCACCCUCCAAUCCCUUUGGACAAAUCAAACACCUUCGCCAUGCGUCUGAGAGACAUUGUACUUUCUGGAGAGAGAAAACCGAUAGACACGGGGAAGAAUUCCGACACCAUGAGAACGCUUUGCGAUUGCGUGAUUGCAUUAUCAUGGCGAAGUGCCAGUGGAACUCCCACAGAUGUUUGCCACUGGGCUGAUGGGUUCCCUCUCAAUAUCCACCUCUACAUUGCUCUUCUUCAAUCUGCUUUUGACAUUAGGGAUGAGACACUAGUCCUUGAUGAGGUUGAUGAGCUUUUCGAGCUAAUCAAGAAGACUUGGUCAACAUUGGGAAUCACCCGACCUAUGCACAAUGUGUGUUUUACGUGGGUGCUCUUUCAACAAUACGUCGUGACUGCACAGAUAGAACCAGACCUUCUUUGUGCUUCCCAUGCUAUGCUGGUCGAAGUUGCAAACGAUGCCAAGAGACCAAACAGAGAGCCCACAUAUGUCAAGAUCCUGUCGUCAGUAUUGACUUCGAUGAAGGGUUGGGCAGAGAAGAGAUUGCUUAAUUACCAUGACUAUUUCCAUCCGAGAAAUGUUGGCCAAGUUGAAAACCUUCUUCCAUUGGUGUUAACGGCCUCAAAUAUUUUAGGUAAAGAUGUUAUAAUCACUGAAGGGGCAGGGCGAGAAGAAGGAGAUCAGGUAACUUUGGUGGACUCGUCUGGGGAUGGUGUUGAUCACUAUAUUCGAUCAUCCUUGAAAAAUGCAUUUUACAAGAUAGUCGAAAGUGGGAAUAUUGUCAAAAGUGCUAUCUCCGAAGAGAAACAAGAUGCAAGUGAAGCUCUACUUCAAUUAGCCAAGGAAACUGAGGAUUUGGCAUUGAAAGAGAGGGAAAGCUUUAGUCCCAUACUCAAGAGAUGGCACCCAACUGCAGUUGCAGUUGCUGCUGUGACGUUGCAUAGUUGCUAUGGAUCUGUGCUGAAACAAUACUUAGGCGGGGUAUCCAUGCUCACAACUGAGACAGUGGGGCUAUUUCAGAGAACUGGAAAACUAGAAAAGUUUUUGGUCCAAAUGGUAGUUGAAGACUCUGCUGAGUGUGCAGAUGGAGGCAAAGCGAUCGUGCGCGAGAUGGUUCCAUAUGAAGUCGAUUCAAUUAUAUUGAACCUCUUGAAAAAUUGGAUGGAUGAGAAGUUGAAGAAAGGGAAAGAGUGUAUCCAAAGAGCAAAAGAGACCGAAACAUGGAAUCCAAAAUCCAAAUCAGACCCGUAUGCACAAUCAGCCGUAGAUUUAAUGAUGUUAGCCCAGGAAACUGCAAACGACUUCUUCGAAAUCCCAAUAGAAAUUUCUGAAGAUUCAAUUCUAGAUCUUGCUUAUGGUUUGGAGAGUCAGUUCCAGGACUAUGUUACAUUUGUUGCAUCAUGUGGCUCAAAACAGAGCUAUAUCCCCACACUUCCUGCUCUAACCAGAUGUAAUCGAGACUCAAAAUUCCUCAGGCUGUGGAAAAAAGCAAGCCCAUGCAAUAUUGGUGCGGAAGAAUUACACAAAAGUAGAGUAAACGAAGGUUACCAUCCUCGCCCAUCAACCAGCAGAGGAACACAACGCCUCUACAUCCGUCUCAAUACCCUGCAUUAUCUUCUUUUCCACCUUCAUUCCCUUGACAAAAUCCUCUCCUUCGCCCUCUCCCAACGGAUUGUUCCUUCAACUCGCAAACAUUUUGCCACAAGCCUGAGGUCCAAUAACACCUCUUAUUCAUACUUUGAGCUGGCAUGCUCAUCCAUCCAAGAAGCCAGCAAACAUGUGUCAGAUGUUGCUGCUCAUCGCCUCAUCUUCCUUGACUCAAAGUCUGUCUUCUAUGAUAGUCUCUAUGUUGAUGAUGUAGCCAAUGCUCGGAUCCGUCCAGCUUUGCGUAUUUUGAAGCAGAAUCUCACUCUCAUGACUUCAAUUCUCACAGACCGUGCCCAAGCCUUGGCAAUAAGAGAAGUCAUGAAGGCCUCGUUCAAGGCUUACCUUAUGGUUUUGCUUGCUGGGGGAAGCUCUCGGGUGUUCUAUUGGUCUGAUCAUGCGAUGAUUGAGGAGGAUUUCAAGGGUUUGAAACGAGUUUUCUGCACUUGCGGAGAAGGAUUGAUUGCUGAGGAAGUGGUAGAGAGGGAAGCCAAGAUAGUGGAAGGGGUGAUAACAUUGAUGGGUCAAUUUACUGAACAACUGGUGGAAGAUUUUAAUACUUUGACCUGUGAAACAUGUGGAAGUGAAGUUGUGGAUUCAGGGCAAAAGUUAGCAAUGCCUCCAACAACGGGAAAAUGGAAUAGAUCGGAUCCCAAUACAAUAUUAAGGGUGUUGUGCCACAGGAAUGAUAGUGUUGCAAAUCAGUUCUUGAAGAGGACAUUCCAUUUAGCCAAGAGGAGAUGAAGAUAAUUGUUGUACAUUCUGAUUCUAAUUAAUUCCCACUU